AUGCCUCCGGAUGGGCGUCUCUUAAUUGGCAUCGCUGGCAUCCCCGGCUCCGGCAAAACCACAUUUUCAAAGAUGAUCACCUCCCGUCUCAAUGCCAUAGCAGCAAAGCAGGCUCCCGGCUCUCCCGCACCCGUCGCCUUCCUCCCCAUGGACGGCUUCCACUACCCAAGGAGCUACCUCUCGGCACAAUCAGACGCCGCCUUGUACAACGCCCGCCGCGGAGCCUCGUUCACCUUUGACGCCUCCAAGUUUCUGGCCGUGAUUUCGAAGCUGCGAAAUGCCCCGAUGGGCGAGGAAAUCAAGGUGCCCUCGUUUGACCACGCGGUCAAGGACCCCAAGGAGGACGACAUUGUCAUUGCGCCCACGCAGCGCAUCAUCGUCGUCGAGGGUAAUUAUGUGGCACUUAAUGCAGAUGUGUGGCGCGAAGCCGCGGCGCUCUUUGAUGAGCUUUGGUUUGUCGAGGUUGACUUCAACCAGGCGAGGGAGAGACUGGCGCUCCGACAUGUCAAGGCGGGCAUUGUGACAAGUCUUGAAGAUGGAUACAAGCGCGCAGACGAGAACGAUCUCAUAAACGGCAAGGAGAUUAUCGACAACAAAAUGCCAAUUCACGAAAUCAUCUACAGCACCGAAGAUGACAGCUGGGCUCCAGUGGCCUGA